UUUUAUUUUGUAAACGUGACGUAAAGCGUUUUUUUGUGUGUGUUGUUGAUACUUUGUUGGUUGUUGUUACCAUAGAAACCUCACUUCUGUACGCACAAUCUAAACAUCCACGAUUAGCGACAUGGACUUGACAGUGAAUUUAACCUCUCUCGGGUUUGAGGCUGGUCUCAGUGCAGAUGAGAGAGAUUUGUUAUCUCUGCGCAGUCGGUGCGCGAGCUUGACUGUCGCUGGAUGCGCGCAUGCUGUAUUUGCAUAUAAACUUCUCAGUUUAUUAAGAAAGAAGGUGAACGCUGAGAACACACAUCUGUGUGUUGGCGUAGUGGGAGCAGGACUCAUGGGCAAACAGCUGGCGACGGCUUUACUGAGCGCAUCCAGACUCGAACCUCGCCACAUAAACAUCUCAACCAGAAGACCCGAGACACUGGGAGAAUAUUUAAACAUGGGUGUUGCGUGUUACUUUGACAACAUUAGACUGGCUAAAUGGGCAGACAUGCUGUUCCUGUGUGUCUUGCCCUGUCAGCUAGCUCAAGUCUGCACAGACAUCGGCUGUCAUCUGUCUUCAGGCUGUCUGGUGUACUGCUUCACCUCAGCAGUGCCACUCAACAGGCUUGCUGUGCUCCUUAACCACAGUUCUGUUAUCAAACCUCAGUAUGAGUUUGUGGCUUGUGAUGAUGUCAGUAGAAUUUGGCUUCUUCACGAUCAGGUGACCGCAGCUUUACAGGAUAAAGAAGUGAUUUGUGCCUCAGAUCCUCUUUCAAUGAAUGGUGGCCUCUUCCUGGAUCAGAGAUGGCUAUCUGCUGUGCUCUACAGUCUCCUCAACAUGUGCACGGCUCAGAAGCUGGGCUCCGGAAAGACUCUUCGGCUGCUGAACGGGCUGUUCGAGACAAACACAUUCACUUAUCACAGUUUUGUUCAUUCACCCAGUGCAUCUGAUCUCAAUAACCCUGAUGACCUUUUCCCGUGGAUCAGUUUGGUUGGUGCACAAACUAGAGACACUCCAUUGACUGAUUUGGUGUCGAGAGAUAAAGGUUUGCGAGACUGCAUUUCAGUUAUGUACUACAAUAUAUUCUCAAACUUAGCAGAAAGAUAAGAUAUCAUUUUGUUCCGUUCAAUGAAACAGCAAUUAAACUAUGCAACAUUUA